AUACGCAUCAGCACACAAGUGGAAAAGACGAGCUGGGAAAGUGAAAUUGAAUAAAACUUCCAAACAGUCAUCAGAGAAGGGCAAAGAUGAAGCAGAAUUUAUUGUCAGUGCUUUGCCUGUUACUUCUUUUGUGUCAUGCCCAUUUUUCAAUUGCCAAGAGAGGGGGAGGAGGGGGCAGCUCUGGGAGAAGCUCUGGCUCAAAGAAGCACACCCCAUCCAGCGGAGGCAGUGGCAACACUAAUACAAAUACAAAUACAAAUACAGGCAACAAGAAUACUCGGGGCUCCAGCUCUCAGGAUGGAAACCCCAGUCAGUCUGGCGGAGGAGGCAACCAUAAUCAACAUCCAUAUGGCUCCCCGUAUGGUGGAGAUUUCGGCAGCCAUGGUCGUUAUGGCAGCCAUGGUCGUUAUGGAAGCCGUGGUCGUUAUGGCAGCCAUGGUCGUUAUGGCAGCCAUGGUCGUUAUGGCAGCCAUGGUCGUUAUGGCAGCGAUGAUGGUUAUGGCAGCCAUGGAGGUUAUCCGGGUGGAUACAUGAACUAUAACCCAAACAACAAAAUCCUGAGCCCUCGCUAUGGUGGCAGCUUUGGUUACGGGGGUUAUGGUUAUGGAGGUGGCUCUCCCUUUUCCCGGUCAGUCCAGAAUAUGGGCAUCCAACCAUCUUAUAGAUCCAAAGGCUUUGGGCGCACUGCGGUGAUGGCAGCAGCUGGGGGGUCUGUGGCAGGAAUGGCCCUGGGCUACGGGUUAGGAAGGUUCCCACGUCCUCACUUCGACUUCCGUAGCCGUCAGGAGGAAUAUUACUACAACCACUACAUGUACAAGAAAUAUGGCUCCAAGUCUAACGAUACCAAUGACUACAGCAGAUACACGUACAGCAACCCCCCUGAAUCCUAUCAUAAGUACAUGGAUUCAUGCAUGACGACAAUCGUCCUUCUGCCUGUGGAGAAUUUGCAGUCAAACAAAAAAACAGCUGCCACUCCUAAAACUACUGCCGCUGUUGUCAUCCCAGCUCCAGACAACAACACAGAGAGCAACCCAACAGAGAGCAACAGCACUGCAGCAGGUAACUCCUCGUCCUCUGCACCUUCAACUCCUCGCACUUUGAAUCAGCCAGUUCCCGGUAAAACUACUGAUGAUGAUGAUGAUGAUGAUGAUGAUGAUGAUGAUGAUGACACAGUCAGCAUUGUGGAGAUCGGCUACCCAGAACUGAUCAAUCAGAUGAAGGUCAAGAAAUGUGUGGAGCGCUACAUGAGGUAUUCCCACCCGUUCUUGAUGAGAAUGACAGGAGGGGUGCAGGGACUGGAGAUGGGCUCACAAGGGCUGCUAGCCGUGGUCACCAGUACUAUACUGAUGCUAAUGAAUAGCAACAUGCUAAUGCUGCUGCACUGAAGCCUUCAUUAAGAAUGUGUCAAAAGAAUUCAACUUGAGUGGAUGUCAGUAGAGCACAUACUUUCGCCAAGAUCAAUUCAUAUUGAAAUCAGUUAGUUCCGGGUUUUUUUUAGGAACCACAUCAAGUUACCGUCAUUAGUAAUUAUCAGACACUUGAGUAUGCUGAUUUUUUUAAAAUCAAGAUCCAUGCAUUAUUUCUUGAGAGAUUAACGAAAAUGUUGAAAAAACACAUUAUCUCUCAAGCUUUAAGAAAGAAAUAAAGAAAUCUUGAUUUGGUCCCUUUUUACAGACCCGCUCCAAAAGUUUAUGGGGUCUAUUCUGGGGCAAGACCCACCCCUCAACCAAGUUUAGUGGAAAUCCGUUUAGCAGUUUUUGUGUAAUACUGCUGACAAACCAACCAACCAACAAACAUCCACUGGUAAAAACAUAAUCUCCUUAGUAAAGUGGAUUACGUAGAGAAAACGUACCUUUUUAGGCCUCUCUUCAUUCAUUGUGGAUAUCUACUUUAAAAAAAAAAAAAAAAAAAGGUUUUCUCAGUAUUCAGGCACCACAUCCUCAUGCAUGGGCUUGACUGGCACCAUAAAGCUGGUACACACACUGUAUUGCUUGUUUGAACCAUAUAUUCAAGGAAAGGAAUAGGAGAAGUUGGACUACUAGACAGACAUAAAUGUAGAGUUGCAACAAAUCGCUUUCCUUUUCCUCUUGUGAAAGAGAAAGGUUCCAUUAAUAAUUCAUAUAUAAUAAUAAAAUUACUUCUAAAGCACUUUUUGAAAUGCAAAGUUACAAAGUGGUUCACAUAAAGGAUAAAGUGUACAUAUCAAAACUCAGUGUAAGCAUGAGGAAUCUAGCAUAAGACCAAAUGUAAUUGAAAAACUGCUAGCAUGUAUAAAUAUAUCAACAUAUAGAAAUCAAUCAAUAUCAGCCGUUUAAAACAAACCAGAGAUUCUGCUUCCGAUUUGAUAGAAUUAGGCUGAUCCAAAGAUUCGACGCCACCACAGCAUUAACUGCAGUCUAAUACCCCGAGGUGAGGAAUCCGACCCAUUAAUAUCCAUUUAGACUCCAUUUAGACAAGCUCUCUCGCCAUAGAAGCAAGGCGUGGCCCGACUGCUGACUGAAAGCAUACGUCUCAAAUACAACUGAGAGUAUUGGCUGGUUUUUAACUGUUGGUGUUUAAUGCAUUAUCAAUAGCAGAUAUUCAAUCAGAAGGGUCUCUAUUUCUCCAAAUCUUCCGUAUAAGUAACUCUCAGCUCCUGCUCAGUUCUGCUCAGUGGUCAUGGUCGCCUCUCCAUACCCGGGCCUGCUGCAGUGUUCAGUAUUUUGUCAGUAUCUCAGGGUUUCCAUGGACCUGUUUGUGAUCGGAUAGCUUCAUUGGCUACAAAAAUGCAGAUGAAUGGUCUAGAUAUUAAUUCAAAUUAUACUCAGUGCUCCAUUAUGAUUUAAGGUCCUAAAUCAUAGUUUUGUUUAUGUCAGUGUAAGAAUUCUGGUGGUUGGCUGCAGCUUCUAACAAGGUUUGUCAGGAUUUGGCAACAUUAACUUAAGCUUGCUAUUGUUAGCCACGUCAGGACUGCUAGCUAGUGUUAGAAACAUUACUCUAUAAGUCUUCUAUUGCAAUUAUCAGGCGUUUACACUGUGCAGAUUAGUGUGUAAUGGACCGUAUCUACUUAUUUAUUUGUACCUUAAAGCAGAAAUGGACGUUUAUAAUACAAGGUCCAUUAAAAUCUGUACACUCAAAACCAAAUGACCGACUAUUAUAUCUGCAGGUACUUAUAUCUUAUUUGGAUAAUCAGUCUCUAAACAGACAAACAACAGUAUGCAUGUUCUUAUCUUAACACUCAAGUUACUCACUGUGGAAUCAAUGCAAUGCAAAGUGUGCUAAAGUGUAUGUUUGUUGUCCUAAAAGUAUUCCAUGUUCACUGCCAUGGCUUUUUACAGUGUGUUGUAUACCUUCUUAUGUGUUUUUAUAUACUUCCUUCCUUCUAUCUAACAUUUUACCUCUUUUUCACCCCUGUGGGGUAGCUCGGAACUGCGGAAGUGCUCUUAAAGUACAAGGCCCCCUGCCUGUUUAACAGUGUAAAGGUACUUUCUGGAGUUUUAAUAGCAAAUUUUCUACCUCACAACUCAUUAUUUUAGACCUUUUUUAAAAUGUGAACAUGUAGGAUGAUUUGUAAUCGCUUCCAACAUGCCCAAACCAACUGUUAUGUUCUCAUCCGUGUUUAUUAAAAACCCCUCCUUGAUAAUCUUUUCGGUAAACAAUAUGCCUCACCAUUAAAACCUUCCUCUUGAUUUGUCCAGAGUGACCACAGGGUCUAAAACCCAUCUAUUCACAUUUCACUGGCAACCACUAAACUGCAAUUACAACAAACACUUGUUGUUGACUGGAGAACAAUAUCUGUGACCAAAAAACACACAAAGUACCUUUAAUGUGUUGUUAUGUAUAUGUGGUUUUCUUGUGUCUGGCUGUUAAUGUACUUGAAAAUGUUUACGAAUGCCUUUUACUGUGAGAGAUCACAUUCACAUUUAAACACUUCAAUUUAAAUAAACUUCCUGACUAUA